AUGUCCUGGCUUAGUGGGGUCGUGUAUUUAGGUGUUGGAUCCCGGGUCCCUUGUCCUGUCGUCUUCAACCGUGGAAUCGCCACUUCUUCCGCCCUCAAUCAAUACUACAAGAAACGGUCCGAUGAAUCCCGCGGGGAUCGACUUCACUUCCGACGAGUUGUGUUGUUCAACAAACGGGUGCAUCGACAUCAAAAGAAAGAUGUAUUCAGGCCCUUCGAAAAACCCAGCGAUGACUUUCCCUCCGUUCCCGUUCACAAAUACGGCACGAGAGGGACGGGCAUUCGUCACAGUUACGGGUGGACUUCGGUGCCCGAGAAAGUACCCCAAUUGAUUGUACCAGACUUGAGUGAAUGCGACCUCAAACCCUACGUGUCCUACCGAACCAAGGAGAUCUAUCAAGACGAGCUCAGUGCUAAAGAUUUGUUCAACGCCGUUUACGGGAAGAAGAUUCUGAAGGAUUACAAGGAGGGCAAAUUGGAUGAGCAUGGCAAUUCCUUGGAACCGAGCGAAGAAGAGCAACUCACCCCUGAGGAGGCUCGAACCCGGGCACGACGAACCGGUUCCGACAUCUUUUUAGGAGGCACACCCCGAUCAAAGAAGUGGAACAUUCGGUGGGAGUAUUAAUCUCUAAAAAGUCUCAUUGAAGUCAUUUCUGAAACCCACACUUUUGAGAGUUGAAAAGGAAAAUAUAUUUCGUGGGCACA